CUUUUAGUAUAUUCAAUUUACUGCGUAGUUAAAUAUAGCCAUUUCGUAUUUUAAUUUUGAAUCGGAAACAAUAACAUAAAUAACUACAAUUGGCUUUAAUAUAUAAAUUCAUAGCCUUAAGAAUAUGUUUGUGUUCAGAGUUGAGUUACGUUCUUUUCAAUCCUAAAAACCUUGGAGAAAUUUAUCGAAACUACAAAAAAGAUGCCAGAUAUUGGAUUGCAGCAUGUGAUAUCUUGUAGCAGCGCUGACAAGGUAGGCUGGUAAUAGUAAAUAGAGUAACUAGUAGUAAUCAAUGACAAUGGUGCUUAUUUUAUAUUUAUACUAACAUUUUAAAAUGUGGAUCCUGACACCUCUUUUUUUCGCAAGCAUGUCUAUGAUCAUCAUCGACCCUGGGAAUAGCACAUCACUGCAAAUAUCAACAUCAGCACUUGUUUGGGUCCCAUGAGUUUGUGAUAAUCAUUCAACAUUGGUGAAUCAUAGGUUUCACUUAACUUAAACGUUUUUGGGAGACGGGGUAUGGCUUAUCUUAACCUGUUUACCAGAUUAUUAUUAAAGGCCACCACAUCUUGUUCAAGUUCAAAACACUUGAUAAUCAACGCUUCAUCGCACGAGAUUACAAAUUACCACUCCUGGCUUCGUCACUGGCCUCUUAAAAAGAUUUGACAUCCCCUCCUUCAAAGACAGACGAGAAAAGCUCCGCCUAAUAUUCUUAUAUAAAGUGGAUAUGGGGCUAGUGCCGGCCAUCCCAGCAAACACAUAUCUCACCCCACAGAAGCCAGGUCGAUUAAUCAGAGCCAAGCGCACACUAAACUCUGAUUUCACCUCUAACAACCCCAUAAACAAUUGUACCCGGACCAAUAGCAAAUGCUUCACUGUGCCUCGUCAUAACACAGUGCAUUAUAAACAAUCAUUCUUCCCACGCACAAUAAUCGCUUGGAACCACCUGGACAAUGCCGCCGUGGACUCAACAUCAAUCAAAAGCUUCAAGGCAGCCCUGGCAUCUGCUAGGAGUUGUUAGGAUAGCAACAUCGCUUCCCCAACCAUUGCACAUAUGCCAGUAUAUGGAUGCAGCAACGAACACUACCAGAACCAAAUAAUCGGCACUUAACGUUACAUAAAUUACUACAAAAUAAAUAAACAAUUAAUACUAUUGUUACAAAUGAACAUUAUAAUUUAAUAAUAAAAUAAUAUUUUGUAGUAAUACAGAUGACUAAAAAAAGAAGCAGCUUUAUCAGGGAAUUGAUCCCUAGUCCCUAGGUGUAGUAUCUUGCGUUUACCACAAGACCACACAAGAUCAUAUCUAAGGGCCUUAUCUCAAGACGAGGCCAAUGUUAAUUUUGUAUGGAGAUGUAUGCAGACCUAGGUCCAUAGUUUACCUAGUUACACAGGCGCUGUGUAAGAGGCCUAGGUCCAUAGUUUCGCUAGGUAUAUCGCCACGGUGUAUGCAGCCACUUCGAUAAAAAAUUGUGUACAUUAAAAACCCAUACCUCUGUCUGUGGAUUCCCUAAGGCUUAUGGGAUUAGUCAGUCACUUAGUAAGUUGAAAUGUCUCUUCCCCACAGUGGUGUAACUAAACAAGUGCAAAGUGGGCAACGACCCUGGGUGACAGCUUAGGGUUUAUAUUUAGGUCUAUAUAUAUAUCAAAGUGGGUGCUACUAACACAGGGGGGCACACUUUUUAUACAUCAUGCAGGUAGCAGUUAGUUAAUAUACAUCACAGCUACCAUUUGCCCCCCCCCCCGGGCAUAUUUUCCAUAUAUUCACUUUUGAGAUCAUGACUGAGAAAUUUAAAGUCCUUUUGUUAUUAUUUUUUUGUUGUUGACAUUUUUGGUUGCUCAGUGUCAAUUAACGGACAUUGUGCUUUUUAAUGUAUGCAUAGUUUACCACUUGUGUUAUUUCCCUUACUUUUCUGCGCUUAUUGUAUAAUGUGUUAUGUAUGGAGAUUGUCAAAUAGUGUUUGUUGUUGCUUGCCAGGCAUUUGUGAUUUACAGAAUGUCAAGAUGCCUGUAAGCUACUGAAGCGCUUCAGUGAUAGGAUGCAGGGUGGUUGGGUUAGCGAAUAAAAAGUAAAACUCCAACGCUAAGUCAACAAGCUGGAAGAGUUUAUUUACCAUGUUCAUCAGUUCACAAUAGUAGACUUGGCUAGACUAUACAUAAAUAAUGGUAAUUCCCUCAGAGGACUAAUUUCUGCUCAAAGGAUUUUUCUCUAUUCAAAUACAGACCUGUUUACUCUUAUGAUUUUGGCGUACAAUGUACGAUUUUGAGGUGUAGUAUACAUGUUUAUUUUUUUACUAUUAAGAUAGUAUAUUGAACGAUUUUGUGAUGAUGUUGGCUGCAAAUAUACUACAAGAUCCAGUAACAUCAAGUUCUUGACAACUCUUUAAUCAUACUCUCUCAAUCUCUCUAUCGGUCACGGGAUAUGCACCCACUCAUUUUAAAACACUCAAACAUCUUUCAACCAAUAGACCCAAGCGUCCUUGGGACAUGGAGUUUCCUUGCAUGUAAUUUAAACAACUCAAUUAACCUUAUUUAUUAUGCAUUGAUCAAUGAGCGCACUUGUCUUUGAGACAUACUUUUAUUCUAUUUAAUUACAGUAGCUCACAUGCCCUAUUUAAUAAUAAGACAUUCACUCAUGGUUUCAUGACCUUGACAGAGAUGCCCAUCUGUGCUAUAGGACACUGCAGCUGACUGAAGAAGCAGAGUUUUUUUUCCCUUGUUAAUCUUUUUCACCAAGAAAGCAGAAAGAAUAAUUUGACAUAUAUAAACAGACUUCGCAAUAAACGCGGUCAGCCUUAAUUUUAUUAAACAUAAGCUGUGUCAAUCACUUUAGUUUUCUCUUUAUUGUUACUGCACUGAAUGCAUCUUGAAAAUCAUGUGUGUGUUAAAUGAAAGCGCUUGUCUAGGAGAUUAUAUUUGUGUGUGGAAAUGACAUUUAACAUUAAUAUUGCGUUAAAGAUUACACCUCAAAUUUGAAGACCUAUUCAAAGAAAAUUUGAUUAAACUGUAUAAAGUUCACUGCAAAUGCAAAAAUUACUGGCCUUGUCGAAUGGUAAAAUACAUUCCAGGUCCAUCUGGUCUAAGCGGAUUUGAGGAAUACAAUCUAAUAUUUGCCUUUUUUUGUAUAUGCAUUAAUUUCCUCUUUGAUGUUAUUUUGUUGCUUUCUCUUGAAUAACAUUCAAAAUAUUUGAACCUGAAUACUUACUAGAAAUCUGAGCUUCUUACCACUGUUCUAUUAAAUAUUUAGUAAAGAAGUAUUAACAACCUAAACAUGCUCUACGUUACUUUUCUUGAGUUUCUUCAGGUGAUGAUUCAUUUUUGCAUGGGUAACAUUUGAAUUCUGAACUGUAAUGGGCCGAAUAUUGUUUGCUUGUUGUACCAAAAAAUGAAAUUAGCUUUAAGAAGUAUAUAGGAAGCUGCUUUGCUCUCUCUAGACUUGCUGAGCUAGCUCUUGGAAAGGUUCGCAUUAAUUCAUGAUGCAUUCCUAUUUAUGUGACAGCACACUUGUGUUGUUUUUUUUUUACAGAAUAAUCCAGCAGAAAAUUUAUUAGUGUCAGAUGGAACUCAUAAAUGGAAGUGUGCCACAGCUGGAGAGAAAAGCAUUUCUUGUAUAUUACAGGUAAGAAGAUUUCUAUGCUGUAUAACAGUUAAGGCCAACCUGCGUUAAAUAUUUCAACCAGCCAUUUAGAAACUGACUUCUUUGUUCAGUUUGCUAAUAUUUUCACUCUUGGCAUAAACCCACAUUUGUAUUUAAUGAAUUAUAAAUACAUAGUGAUUUUUUUAUGAUGUAAUAAUCACCUGUAUCAUAUGGUGUACCCGUCCCUUUUUUAUCUAAAUUUUUUUUUUUAGAUUUAUAUUUAGUAAUGUUUAAUCUUAAAUAAAAAUUAUGAAACAAUCUUUCUAAGGAUUUUUAUAAACACAACCGGGUCAAAGGAACCUGAAUUUCCAUUAGCACUUUUUCUGUUCCUAUCCCAUUAAGUGUAGAAUAAUGCAAAACUAAUUUCAGGUAUGUGCCAAAUGAAUCCCUGCAUUCUGAAUUCAUCAAACAUUUUCUGAGGGGGGACUCACUGGUUUAAAGAGUUAUAUGUCAAUUAAAGCCUAUAUGAUUUUUUAAUGUCUAUUAACAGCACAACUGGAUGUGUUUUCUGAGAAUUAUGUGCAUUAGGAAUAAAUAAAUAUUUUCCACCUAGUUUAUUUGGUGUCUAUUGUAUUUUAUAGAUGUAAUAACAUGCAGCCCGCGCAGAGUUGACUCGCAAUGAAUUUGCCCGUAAAGAUUUUUGGGUUGGUCAUCCCUUCUGCAUAACAUAACAAUAAGGGUUUUUUUUUGUUUUGUGUAAUAGUUGUAAUAAAAUUGUGCCACUGAUCUGUGUAAUAGUUGUAAUAAAACUGUGCUACUGAUUUAUGUAAUAGUUGUAAUAAAAUUGUGCUACUGAUCUGUGUAAUAGUUGUAAUAAAACUGUGCUACUGAUUUAUGUAAUAGUUGUAAUAAAAUUGUGUUACUGAUUGUUGAAAAACAUGGAUCAGCAAAAUGAAAAUUAUUAUAAUGUAAAUUUAAUUUAUAUGAAUACAUUAUCUUUAUAAUAUAAGUGUAUAUAUAUGGGUAUAGUUUGGUAAUUAAUUUCAAAUGUUAAAUGAGGCAUGGAAUGGAAGAGGGCUUAAAUUUGGUAUCCAGUUUAUUCUAGAGGGAGUUUUAACCUUUCACAAUUAGGGAGAAUUCCUUUUUUUUUUUACCAAUUGAUGUUGAUAUAUGUAAUGAAAUUUCAAACAUAUUGUGUUAGAAAACUUACUUUUUCAAUUGGUGUAAAUAGUUUUUUGUGCUUUAAAUUGUUUGCCUUUACCUUUGUCUUCAGUUUAGUCAUUCUUGUCAGAUUCACUCCCUUGACAUUGGCAAUGAAGGCUCUGCAUUUGUUGAAGUGCUUGUAGGAAAAGCAACUGCAACAUCAGAUGAAGAUUUUGAGGUUUGUCAAGUAAAAUUAUGUAUAAUUUGCCUCAUCUCUUCUCCCAUUAAUUCAAUGAAAAUCUUUUAUAUCAUUAUAACAUGCAGUUAGCAUAUGCACAAGUUGUUUCUAUUUAGCAUUUCAACAACUAAUAGGUGACCCAAUUUUUUUUAUUACUGUUUAACAAAUGUGUUUAUGAUUAUGUCUUAAAAUUGAAAAUAAUUUCUGGGAAAACUUAUUUUAAAUUGUAUUUCCCUUAUUAAGUCAGGAGGAUAUUAACCAUUCAGAUGAAAAAAAAGAUCAUGCUUACGUCAACAGGAGAAAAUAACAGUUUGCCACCAUGAAACUGUGGGACUUUGCCGAUAUUUUGCCUUUUAUGAAUAAAUUUCAACAUGUUAGCUUAUCUAAAAACUAAAACUAAUGUGCUAAUGUAUGGGGUACCGCAGAUACCUACGCCUUGUUGUUAUAGUUAUAUUGAAGUCAUAGUUUUAUCAAGUUAAGUUGAUUCAGGAGCUUUUUUAGAUUUUUUCUACCAAAUGCAAGAGGGUGUAAUGUCAUAAAGAAAAACAAAGUCCAUAAGCCAUUUGGGAUCACUUGGUACAGGAAAAACCACCCCAUCCUUUUCCAUGAAGGCUUUGAAGGCUAAGAAGUACUUAUUGAUGUGAAGGAAGAUGCUACUGUAGAGAGAAUGAAUUUGGAUUUUUUAUAGUAGAAAAGGCUUUUUUGACUAAUCGUAUUUUGAAAGUGACCAAGCUAAAAAGCUCUGAAUUUACCUCACUCAUAAACACUAGCGGCAAUUUUAAUAGGGAUUCUUUGAUACUGUGUCAGAUUGCUUUGAUUUACACAAUUAUGGUUGUGCAUUACCCACUAACUGACUUUGUAAAAUUUUCUCAAAACCUUACUUUGGCCCUGUUUGUCUCAUAAAAUGCUAUAAAAUAAAAACUUUUAGUACAAUUUUAAAAUGAUUUUUACCACUAAAUCAACAUAAGAUCCUAUACAAAUAUAAUAAAAAUCAGAAUUAGACUAGCUGGUCAGAUUUGACUGAAACCAUCGCGGAGGGUCACAUUAUAGAUAUGAGAAUGGGGAAAAUGUGCACGCCGCUUUAACACUAAACUUUGCUAUCAGGCACGGGAAGCAAAAUAUUGUCUUGCGGACUGCGAGUUUUUUUACCCCGGCUUGAAAUUGUCAUAGAAGACUGUAAUGUCUUUCACUUUAAUGUCUUUCCUUUUAACUCAGUUAAUCAUUCAUUGUGUCUUUUGCCAAUAACAUCCUCAUCUUGUUUUCCGAUUCCCGUACGCUGAGUCACCUCAAGGUGUUUUAUCCUUGAAUGGUUUCCUGUAGAUUCUGCCUUUGUCGACAUUUGUUUUGACCAGAAUUAAACAAUUUAAUCCUAAUGUCAGUUUUUUUUUUUCUAGUGGAGGCAUUCCUAAAUAUGCUUUACUAAGAUUCCUUUAGUUCUCUUGACAGUGGCAUUGCCCUCCAGGUUUAUUCUUGUGGCUAUGGUAACAAUUACCAAGCUCCAAGGGAUCUCAAGAAAAUGAUGUUUUUCAGUUUUAAAUUUUUAGAUGAUUUCUAUAGGCCCAGUAGGAGAUUUUAUUAUCAUAAACCUGAGUCUUCAGAACGGCCUCUCUAGUUUAUAUUAAUAUAUUAUAGGCAUUCCCUUGUAAAGUCAAGCCAUGAUGAUCUGAAAAAAUUAAAAAACAAAGAGAGCAAUUAAUAAAAAAAAUUAAUGUCUCAAAUCAUGGGGUGACUUUUUUUAAACUUAAACUUAACCAACAAUAUAUAGGACCUAUUCUUAAUUAAAUUCAUAGGGAAAUAAACCAUAAAAUAUUAAAAUCAAAGUUUAAACUCACCUUAAUCGCCACAUAUCGAUGUCCAGAGUCUUAGAGCUCCAACAGUCCAAUUUUAUGGUUUGGCAAGGUAAGGGAAGGCGAAACUACACAAAGCAACAUGUCUGCUUUCAUUAGCAGUUACAAGUAUAGGGGAAAGAACUCUAAUUAGUAAUGAAAACAACUCUCUCAAUAUAAGUCUUUAAUAGGCAAAGUCACCCCAUUUCAUGGCACUGCCUUAGAUUGUUCAAAGUUUUAUGUCUGAGUCUUGAGCCUGUAGGUCCCUUUGCUAUUUCCAGCUUUUUUUAUUAGUCACACUGUGAGUAAUUCGUUUGCUUGAUAUGACGCUGAGAAUUAAAGACGUAUUGCCAACCUCAUUUCUAAUAACAUAUAAAUAAUAUGUGUAUCUGCCUCAAGUCCUCAUCCUUGGCUUUGUAUUUUCACUAAUUUAUCUGUUAUCAAAUGGUUGAAUAAACUAUUACAAUAAUGAUGGACCUUUUGUUUUAGGUCCUCUUAGUUGCAUCUUCCUUCAUGACACCACUGGAGAGCCGCAAUGGGACCAACAGAAAUGCAGUUCGAAUGUUUGGCCCUGACAAGCUAAAUAAACUCACAGCAAGCAAGUCCUGGGAUAGAGUCAAAGUGGUCUGCACACAGCCAUUCUCAAAAGUAAGGACCUCCAGCACAUUUGUUUCAGUUAAUACUUUUUAACACUUAGUUAAACUUAGUUAACCAAGUCAUGGCUAACUUGCCGUCAAGUGUCCUCAUUUUUUAUUGCCUUUGCCUAAUGUACAAUGAAUAUCCUCUGAGUUCCUAAAUUGACCUAUCCAAUUUUCUAGAAAUAAACUAAUAGUUUCCUACAAUGGCCUGCCUAAUGUGCUAGAAAUGAACUAAUAGCUUCUGUGCAUGUGAAUUAAACUGUAAAAGAAUUUUUUCAAUCCUAUUAAAAUUGGAGCCAUAAUGAUCAAGGCAUAGAUCGUGGGCCCUCAAAAUAUAAAAGAUAAAGAAUUUUUUUUUUAAAUCCUAUUUUUUUUUAUCUUUAAAAAUGUUGUUUAAUUUGUUUAAAUGGGGUUUAAUGUGUUCAAAAGUUGUUGUUUUUUUUAAAUGGGGCUAAUGUGUUCAAAUGUUGUUUAAUUUGUUUAAAUGGGGUUUAAUGUGUUCAAAAGUUGUUGUUUUUUUUAAAUGGGGCUAAUGUGUUCAAAUGUUGUUUAAUUUGUUUAAAUGGUGUUUAAUGUGUUCAAAUGUUGUUGUUUUUUUUAAAUGGGGCUAAUGUGUUCAAAUGUUGUUUAAUUUGUUUAAUUGUGAAAUAAAUUUUUCCUCCUUUAAAAAAAGUUUUUUUAACUCAUUGUUAAAGAAAUUUGGGGUUGUGAAAGUGUAAUAACAAUGUGUUAUAAUAAAUUGUUGUUAAUCUUCUAUCGCAUUUAGACAUCUCAGUACGGGCUGUCAUUCAUCAAGUUUCAUUCUCCGCCUGACCACUCCCAGGUACUCAUAGAUUCAUCUUGUUAUUGUUCGAAUGUUUGUUGAACAUUUAGAAGAUCACAAUAAAUGUGUUGCUGCAGAUUUGGGACCCUUUUAAUUGUCCUUUUCAAUAUUUAGUCUAUCCUGCAUUGAGUAAGCCUUAGAGAAAGAAAGGCAUCUCAAAAUAACCUUUAAUUAAUAGGAACUAUAACUUUAUUCUAGCUAUCUUUUAAGCCCCUUUAAUUUGAUGAAAUAAAGCAAUCCUUAAAUCUGCCUCAGCCUCAAUCUGUCCACAAAGCAUGUACUAAAUAUUGUUCAUUGGGAAAUGGCAUCCACAGGCCGUCGAGCGUAAGCUCUUAAUGCCCCUCCAGCACCCCUCCACACUGGCCAGACACCAGGUUACCCCGCCGCCAGACCGCGUGGCAGCACCUGGGGAACCUCCCCCGGCCUAGACCGCCCCCACUCGCAGCCGCUUGAUUGGACUCGCGAAUGGAGGCUUUCCCCGCCCGAGGAUGUCCGGUCAACCGAAAACGCUGCGUUGAAUGUGUUCGCAGCCGACUCUCCCAGGGUGUCGGGAUGGUAAUUUUAUGUCAUAUCUUCCCCCACCCAUUCCGGGGAAGCGUCGGACGCCCUUUAAGAGCGUUUCUACAGUGGGUUUCCACCUCCAACUAUUUUGCGAAGUAUCAUUCAAUCUGUUGGUAUUAUUCAGCUCAUCAGAUAGCAUGUCCUAAAUAUAUCAUUCAAUCUGUUGGUAUUAUUCAGCCCAUCAGAUACCAUGUCCUAAAUAUAUCAUUCAUUGUAUUUGGUUUUAUUUAGUCUUUCACAUUGUACGUCCUAAAUAUUUAACUUAAUCUUUUGUCAUUAUUCACCCUUUCAUACAGCAUAACACAAUUUCACUUAAUCUGGUCAUGGUGACAGUUAUUCUUGUGAUUGGUAAUCGAGUAUUUGAAACUGUAUUUCAGAGCAAUGUGACAAAAUUGGGGGCUUUUUCACUUAAGGAAUGUGAUGAUGAUGAGGAUAUACAGGUGGGAACUUUAUUUGCCAAUCGGUCACUCAGAGAGAACCCAUCUUCUCCAGUUCCUAAAGGUUGCUUUUGUCUAUUUCUCAUUUAUCCAUGUCAACAUUUUGUCUCUAUCCCAUAUAUGUAUGUCAACAUUUUGUCUAUUUCUCAUUUAUUCAUGUCAACUUUUGUCUAUAUCUCAUUUAUUUAUGUCAACAUUUUGUCUCUAUCCCAUAUAUGUAUGUCAACAUUUUGUCUAUAUCUCAUUUAUUCAUGUCAAUAUUUUGUCUAUAUCCCAUUCAUUCAUGUCAACAUCAUGCCUAUAUCUCAUACAACUUUUCUUGUGAUCUACCUCUAUGUCUCAUACAACUUUUCUUGUGAUCUAGCUCUAGUUGCUAAAAACAUCAAAGAAUCAAAUAUCAUUAAAGAGGAAUCUCCAAUUUCAAGAACUGCAAGUGCUAAAAAACGCCAGGCACCAUCUCCACCAUCAUCUGUAAGUUGUACAUUUACUCAGUACAAUAACUCAUUACAACUCCAUCUGCAGACUCAUUACAAUAACUACAUCUACCCACUCAGUUAAAUAAUUACAUCUACCCAUUUAUCUUGCUACAAUAACUCUAUGAGCCCCCUCAGUACCAGGCACAAUAACUAGAUCUGUCCGCUCAGUACAAUAACUCCAUCUACCCUCUCAUUACAAUAACUCCAUAUACCCUCUCAGUACAAUAACUGAAACUUUCUUAGUGUCAUGAAGUGUAAAAAGUCUACUGGUAUGUUUUAUAAUGUGUAAAUAAUUUUAAUAAUGUAAAAUAAUAUUAAUUUGCGUGAAUACUUUGUGAAGGGUUGGAGAUUUUAAAAAUUAUUUCCCCUUCUUUACAUAUUUUACAAAAUCUCAUAUCCGCAAACGCAAAUUCGACCAUGCAAAAACACUUCUGAGAGAGUUGCACUGGCUGCCGGUGCAUGCUUGCAUAGAGUACAAAAUCGCAACUUUGUAAUACUGCUGCUUACAUGACCUGGCGACGUCCUAUCUGAAAGAGCUGCUGACGCCUUAUGUACCCAUUAGAGAGCUCCGCUCAUCCGAUAGUGGCAAACUCUUGACACCACCUGUUUGCCUUGAGACUUGCGGAAAGCGCACUUUCGCAUUUGCUGGUCCAACAAUUUGGAACGCCCUUCCUGUCGAUAUAAGAAAUAACCAGACACUGGAGUCCUUUAAAACCGAUUUAAAGACAUAUCUAUUUCGCAAACACCUUCUGGGAUGAUUGUCUACCUUAUUUUCCAGUUAAUGCAUAAUGGCUGUGUUGCUUAUGGUUGAAAUGGCUAGAAAGACUUUGCCAUUGUAUGCUUGUAAUUAGUUUUUGUAGUGUUGCGUUUGUUUUAAAUGUGGUAAAUUAUAGAUUUGUUUUUUGUUGACUUUGUACCGCGCUUUGAGCCUUUGGGGAUGAAGCGUGUUUUUGAAAUGAACUUUAUUAUUAUUAUUAUUAUAUUUAUUUUGCUUCUGGUGUGUCCUGCUCCCUUUUCCAAAUUGCCCUUGCCCGCAACAAAACAUGUUUUAUAUUAAUAGUACUGAGUGAAAAAAAAGGCUGUUACCUGUGUGGGGAGGUGUGGGGACGUGUGAACUCGGGUUUUAAAAAAUUCUUUAGGAGGAGGCAACUAUUAUAUUAAUCAACUCUUAAGUGUCAAAAAUACAUUGUAGAACAUACUACACACAUUUGGAACUUUAAAUCUGAUUUCGAAAAAUUUGAGAAAAAUCAUAGGGACUUUUAGAAACAUAAGAAACAUAAAAUCAUAGGGACUUUUAGAAACAUAAGAAACAUAAAAUCAUAGGGACUUUUAGAAACAUAAGAAACAUAAAAUCAUAGGGACUUUUAGAAACAUAAGAAACAUAAAAUCAUAGGGACUUUUAGAAACAUAAGAAACAUAAAAUCAUAGGGACUUUUAGAAACAUAAGAAACAUAAAAUCAUAGGGACUUUUAGAAACAUAAGAAACAUAAAAUCAUAGCGACUUAUAGAAACAUUAAAAUCAUAAGGACUUAUUGAAACAUUAAAAACAUAAAAAAAGGACCUCCUUAACACUACCCAGUCAAUAUCUGAUGUCAGUAAAAAAAAAAAAAUAUCUAGACCAACUUAUUGUGUUUGGAAUUUAAGAAGCUUCUACUGAAUGUACAACAUGUAAAACAAAGUGAAAUCUUCUAUGGACGGAAAUUGUUCAAUGUUUAACCAAUGUGUGCCUUUGACACAAUACUAUCCUCAUAAAAUGCACACAUCCAACCAUUAAUUUUUGGGUUUUCUUGUGAUUAAUGGACCCAUUUAAAAACAAACAUGGUCAUUCUGAGCUGUAUAUGAUAGAUUAUUUAAUGUAUCAGAUGCUUGAUUAUAGGGAAUUAUGUCAUUGAUUAAUCUUUUAUCAUUGACAAGUCUAAGGCUAAGACCUUAAAGCAAAUGACAUAUGACUCAAAAGAUGGCAGUGACACAGAAGAUGCCAGUGACACAGAAGAUGAAACUGAAGACCACCAUUCUCAGACACAAACUCUCAGAAAACAGCGGCCACAUUUAGGCCCUGUCUCCAGGGCUUCAUGUAAGACUUCAAGUACAGAGAAGCCUUCUUUACAGAGGGCAAACAGUGCUUCAUCUAAGACUACAAGUACAGAGAAGCCUUCUUUACAGAGGAAAAACAGUUGAGUGUUAUUAUUAUGGGAAUAUGUUAGUAGUGAUGGAUCUAGUAGGGCAAAGGUGUUGCCAGUUAAUUGUGGGGAGGGGUGUAAACAUUUUAUAAUUUUAAUUGUGUGGGAGAGUAAGCUGUUCAUAGUUUUAAUGUGUGUAGAGAGAGUAGCCAAUUUAUAAAUUUAGUUGUGUAGAGGGAGUAACCAGGUUUUAUUGAUUUAAUGUGUAUGGAGGGAGUAGCCGGUUUAUAGAUUUAAUUGUCUAGAGGGAGAAGCAGUUUUAUAGCUUUAAUGUGUGUGGAGGGAGUAGACAGUUCAUAGCUUUGGUGUAGAGUGUGUAGGUAGUUAAUAGAUAUAAAGUGUGUGGAGGGAGUGGCCAUUUUAUAGAUUUAAUUGUGUAGAGUGAGUAGCUAGUUUAUAAAUUUUGUGUAGAGUGAAUAGCUAGUUUAUAGCUUUUAUUGUGUAGAGUGAAUAGCUAGUUUAUAGCUUUUAUUGUGUUGAGGGAGUAGCAAGUUAAUACAUUUAAUAUGGAGUUGAUUCUAUGAUAACCUAGCUAUUUCUGUUGUCAACUUUGUCUUACAGCUGAGCCAACGCCAUCGUCUCCAGCCAAGGUGUUCAGCCGACUGAUGGAAGGUGUGGUCUUCGUGUUGAGUGGCUUUCAGAAUCCACAGAGAGGAGAGCUCAGAGAUAAGGCCCUUGAGAUGGGAGCCAAGUACAGACCUGACUGGGGCAGAGGCUGCACACAUUUGAUGUGAGUUGUUUUUGUCCAUGGAUUACACAGCGCUUGACAUAGCUAUCAUCUAUGUUGUUCCACAAAAUAUCCUUUAGUUACCAAGCCUAGGGUUACCAAGCCCAGCGUUACCAAGCCUAGGGUUACCAAGCCCAGGAUAGUUUAAGAUCAAUGUAUAAUGUUAUAAAAAUGUUUGUCUCUCCUGAUCGAUCUCUAACUACGGAAACAGGACUUAUGGCUUUUUACGCCAAUAAUUAUCCCAAACUAUGAACCCAUGUCUUGACAUGACCAAUCUUUGAUUUGAUAUCAACAGAUGCGCCUUUACAAAUACACCAAAAUAUCAGCAGGUGGCCGGUCAAGGGAAGAUUGUCACCAAAUCCUGGAUCAAUGAUUCCUAUAAACAAAAGAAACUUUUGCCUUGGCGCAAGUACGUUUGUUAUGAUCUGUUGGUAGUAUGUUUGUUAUAAGCUGUUAGUAGUAUGUUUGUUAUAAUAUGUUGGUAGUAUGUUUGUUAUGAUCUGUUGGUAGUAUGUUUGUUAUAAUCUGUUGGUAGUAUGAUUGUUAUGAACUGUUGGUAGUAUUUUAUUAUUAUCUGUUGGUAGUAUGUUUGCUAUGAUUAGUUGGUAGUAUGUUUUUUUUAUAAACUGUUCGUUGUAUGUUUAUUAUAAUUUGUAUGUUUGCUAUGAUUAGUUGGUAGUAUGUUUUUUUUAUAAACUGUUCGUAGUAUGUUUAUUAUAAUUUGUUGUUAGUCUGUUUGAUAUGAUUUUAUUGGGUUUAUGUUCAUCAUGAUCUGCUGGUUUGACUCUAAAUUUCUCAUGAAGUUAUGAUACAAAUAUUUUGUGUGCUCAUUAAUCAGUUGUAUAUUUGUUAAGACAGAAUUAGUUGGCUUGGGAAAUGAGAAUUAAACUUCAUGAUUACUCCAAUUAGAAAUUCCUAUUUGCUCCAAUGAGAUCAUUUACUAGUAUGUGUUUCAAUCCAAAGCAAUGUGUGUGUCAUUUAUGAAAAUAUAUAUAGAUGGUUAGACACACUCAAUAAUAACAAUAGCCAUAAAAUGACUUCAUAUCACACUGUGUGUCAUUCAUUAGAAGAAAUAUUUUAAGAUAAGCAGGAUGACCUAAACAGAAACAAACAUUAGCAGUUUACAACUAACUUACCUAUUUUGAUAUUCUAAGUGUCACAAUCAGUAAUUUCUUAUUUCUCAGUGUCUGCCCUGACUGACGGAAUCAUGGCUAUGAUUUUUUUCCUGGUUAACAAUGAUCUUUUAUCUUCCCAAGCUAUCGCCUUGGAACUGCCCCAUCCCCUCCUGAUAGUGGUGAUGAGAAGGUCAACAGGAAACCAGAACAAGAGCCCAAGAAGAGAGCAACACCUAAAACAAGUAAUCCCCCAGGCCAAACAACCCACUUCUGAAUCUAUUUUAAAACAUGCUCUAUUGCUCACACCCAUUGACCACUGAGCUACCACAUGAACCAAGUCUUCUCCUCAAAACCAAAACUCUUGAUGUAAACCACACGAUGUAAACCACACGAUGUAAACCACACGACCAUCUCAAAUAUCCAUAUAAUGAAAGCCACAGCCUUUAUCCCAGAGUUUUCCAACCUUUUGCCCCACGCUCCUUCUUAGUUUAAAAAAAAAAGGUUUUAUGUCUUCCCAGGUCACCCACUUCUAGAGUUUAAAAAAAGGAAGUCUCCAAGUAGACAUAUGGAAAAUUUGACUUUCAAUUUCUCUAUCAUUUCUCUCAUUUUUUUUAGAAUAUUCUAAUUUGCUAGUGACCUUGACAGUCUCAGCCUUAAUGUUGCUAAGUUUCUAGGAUGACUGGAAUUGACCCAUUAAGCUUAGCUAGAUGGUAAGAAUACAAUAGAAGUAGAUGUUAUGCCCCUAAGCUAAGCUAGAUGGUGAGAAUACAAUAGAGGUAGAUGGUUAUGCCCCUAAGCUAAGCUAGAUGGUGAGAAUACAAUAGAGGUAGAUGGUUAUGCCCCUAAGCUAAGCUAGAUGGUAAGAAUACAAUAGAGGUAGAUGGUUAUGCCCCUGAGCUUAGCUAGAUGGUAAGAAUGCACUAGCAGUAUAAAAUUAUUGAAAUAAUUUUAUAAAGCUCAUAUGGUUAUAUGAAUUUCUUUAUGACAAUAAAUAUUAAAUAAAGUAAUGAUUAGUUUUUUUAUAUGUCUAUAUCAUGACCAUAACAAGAGUUAUUGGGCCUGGGUUGUUGAGAAGAAUAACACGAGUUAUUUACUGGAUGUUGCUUUGUUUUUUUUAUAAGAACUAUAACAAGUGUUUUUGACUAGAUGAGCUUGGUUGACCUAAGUGUACAAGUCACACUAAUUUAUUUUAUAUGGUUACACAAUAUACAACCAAAGUUUCUUAAUUUUCAGCAGUCCUAAAGUUUACUUUUUUGUGUAAUGUUUUUGUUUGUAUCUCAUUUUGUUCAGGCAUUUCAUCUAGUGAAAAAUUUGAUUCUGACUCUAGUUGUGAUACAGAUGCAGAAAACCUCAAGUAAGAAAAUUGGAAUUGUAGGUUAACUGUUAGCCCCAUGUAACAUGUUAGUUAUUUCUGUUGGUAGUCCAGUGUAGUAUGUAGGUUAUUUCAGUAGGUAGUCAAGUGUAGCAUAUCAGUUUCUUCUACUCUGAUUGGUUCACCAUUUUUUUAAAAAAACAAUUUAGUACUCAUGUUAAUCCAUUGUUAGAAAAAAUAUAACUAUAAAUUUAUAAAUAUAAAAAAAUAAAUGCACACUGUAAUCUAUAAAAAAAUAUUACUGUAACCUGUAUUAUUUAAGAAACAUUACUGCACACUGUAAUCUAUAAUAAAUAUAAAUGAAAACUUUAAUUUCUGAUAAUUUUUUUUUUUUAAUAAUUAAUUUUAAUUUAACCUAGAGCUGAAAAAAGGGCAAAAACUGCUGCCAAUCCUAAACAAGAGAAAACAACUCCAGCUCAAGGGGAGAAUGGGACAAAAGCGAAAAAAGAGGAUCCUUACUGUAACUCAACUGAUGAUGAUGAUGAUGAGAAAACAACAAAGAGUUUGACCGUGACAGAUACAGAAAAUGAUGACACCGGCCUUCCUGACUUACCAGAUUUUUUUGCAGACAAAGUUAUCUUUUUCUAUGGAGAUAUGGACCCAGCCGAGCAGAGGCUAUUGACUAGAUAUAUUGCUGCAUACAAUGGGUGAGUGGUUGACUAGAUAUAUUGCUGCAUACAAUGUGUCAGUGGUUGACUAGAUAUAUUGCUGCAUACAAUGUGUGAGUUUUUGACUAGAUAUAUUGCUGUAUACAAUGUGUGAGUUUUUGACUAGAUAUAUUGCUGCAUACAAUGUGUGAGUCGUUUACUAGAUAUAUUGCUGCAAACAAUGUGUGAGUGUUUGACUAGAUAAAAUGCUACAUACAAUUGGUGAGUGGUUGACUAGAUAUAUUGCUGCAUACAAUGUGUGAGUUUUUGACUAGAUAUAUUGCUGCAUACAAUGUGUGAGUUUGUGGCUAGAUAUAUUGCUGCAUACAAUGUGUGAGUUUUUGACUAGAUAUAUUGCUGCAUACAAUGUGUUAGUUUUUGACUAGAUAUAUUGCUGCAUACAAUGUGUGAGUUUUUGACUAGAUAUAUUGCUGCAUACAAUAGGUGAAGGACCCUAAAGAUUACAAAUAACCAGUCCUCACUAUAGUCCUAUAGACUAGUAUAGUACAGAUGAUUCUUAGACUUGUGGUCUUGAAAUUGUUUUAAGAGCAUAUUUCUUUUUUCUGUCAAUAUUGCUGAUGAAAAAAUUAAUGAAUGAACUUCAAUUUAAUAGUUAUGACCUAAUUUAGGAUUAGGCUCCAUGAAAUGGUUGUGUAAUGCUGCUCAGAGAUGGUGGAAUGGUUGUAUAAUGCUGCUCAGAGAUGGUGGAAUGGUUGUGUAAUGCUGCUCAGAGAUGGUGGAAUGGUUGUGUAAUGCUGCUCAGAGAUGGUGGAAUGGUUGUGUAAUGCUGCUCAGAGAUGGUGGAAUGGUUGUGUAAUGCUGCUCAGAGCUGGUGGAAUGGUUGUGUAAUGCUGCUCAGAGCUGGUGGAAUGGUUGUGUAAUGCUGCUCAGAGCUGGUGGAAUGGUUGUGUAAUGCUGCUCAGAGUUGGUGGAAUGGUUGUGUAAUGCUGCUCAGAGAUGGUGGAAUGGUUGUGUAAUGCUGCUCAGAGUUGGUGGAAUGGUUGUAUAAUGCUGCUCAGAGAUGGUAGAAUGGUUGUGUAAUGCUUCUCAGAGUUGGUGGAAUGGUUGUGUAAUGCUGCUCAGAGAUGGUGGAAUGGUUGUGUAUACUUAACAUAGAGGUAUUUUUUGCUUUGGUUCAUAAUGACUUGUCGUCCUGAAACUUAUUUGAAAUGUUAUUAUUUGUUGAAAAGUUAAGGAAUAACAUAAUUUAACAUGCAAAGAAAAUCUUACUAAUUCAGUUUAUUAUGUUUUUCAGUGAAAUUUCUGACUAUAUGAGUCAGAAAGUAAACUAUGUGAUCACUGCCAAGAAAUGGGAUGAAAAUUUUGACCUGGUAAGAGCUUAAUCCUGGAAAACGUUUGACUAUCAACAAUUUUAUUAUCAAAAUUUUAAUAAUGUGAUUAGCAAUAUUUAAGAAUAAACUAAUAUUACCGUGAAACUUGAAUUCAAUAGCACAAUAUAAAAUUCCCUAUAACUGUUCCAAACAGCGUGUAGAUUUGUUUUCAAUAGUUGUGAAAACUCUAAUUCCUGCACUAAAUGGAUUGUUUAAAAACAAUGACAGUAAUUUUUUUUUUUAUUUUUCCAAAAUCAAAGACAUUAAUUUUUAUUUUGUUUUACGAAUCAAAUUAAAUCAAAAAAAAUAAUUAUUCUUAUAUGUAAAUAUGUGAAAUCGCUAAAUUGUAAAUAUCAUUAUUUAAAAUUUUGUAUUAAAAUUUUGCGUCAAAUUUCUUUUUGAACGUAUUUUUUGUUUAACUAUAUAGUAUUGUGCAUUAAAAUAGAAAUGUGAUGAAAAUUUGAUCAUGUAAACUGAAAAUAAAUUUCGAUCAAAUUUCCUUUCAACCAAACUUCCAUCGAUCAAUUUUCCCUCGACGAAAUUUCUUUCAAACAAAUUUCUGGGUAAGGUGCAUUUUAUGAGUAUAACAAUAUCUCAAAGUUUCGAAUAGGUUAAACCCCAGAAAUUGGUAUACACAUAGUUUCAAAGCUAUGAAAUAAUAUAUUUAACUUUCUACCUUUUAAAAAUUUCAGUGGGGGAAAGAGAUGUGUAUAUUUAUGUGUGAAAAAUAAUAUACAGUGGUUCCUCGGUAUAAGUCCUUAAUCCAUUCCAGAUCCUUGGACUUAUACCAAGCAGGAAGUAUACCAAAAGUAUUUUUACCAUAAGAAAUAAAGGGAAAAUGAUUAAUCCGUUCCCAUGAAGAAAAUAAAUCAUAUUGAUAUUGGCAUAUUAUACAUUUGAGUAACUGUAUUGCCUAACGUGGAGGUUUUGGAACGUGCACACAUGUUUAGCAUACUCUCCUUUCUAAUCAAAAGGCGCCUUCACUGGUUAGGUCAUGUACGGCCGUGAUUGCCAUUCUAAGAUUGGCCUUUGGCCUAGUGAGCCACUCUUCAAAGUGUAGAACUAUAUAGCUACUCCAUCGUCUCACAAAGACGGAAGGAUGCCAUAUAUACAUUUAUUGACGUGGUUGUAUAAAAUAAUUUAAUUACUGCUUAAUUCUAAAAUACAUAAAUAAAAAGAACUUUGUGAAAUAAAUGAAAAUUUAACCUCACUUUACAUUGGUGAGAAGAGUCAAAUGCUUCCUAAUAUGGUGCUGAGAAGGAGGAGAUGUUAUUGUUUUGAAGGAGAGUCCGCUUCCAAUAAAACUUCAGGAAUAUGACAUUCUGUUGUUUUUUCUUUUUUUCUGUCUCUUUUUCCCUAGUUGACCCUGGUUGAGGCUCACCAGGUUUGACUUUUACAAAAAAUCAUUUUGACACAUACAAGUUCUAGCGUAGUCCAAACGAAGGUGGUAUACCAAGCAAAAUGUUUCUCGUCCAAACAGGACAUAUAUCAAGUUGGACUUAUUCGUAAACCAUACAUAUACCGAGGUACCACUGUAUUUAAAUCCGAUGAUAUUACAAUCGUGAAAAGGAGGUUUUAGAUUGUAUUACAAAAUAAAUCAGUGCAUGGCACAGUUACUCAAAACACAAGUUGGAAAGGAGAAAAUAGUGGAUAAGAUCAAAUGUGACAGAGCCUGAGUUGGGACAUUUUUACGUUUGAUAACAAUAUCUAAAAACCAAAUCAUUUUAUGGACUUGAAAAUGUAAUUUUUAAAAAUGGAACGAUAAUUUAUAUUUUUUCAGUUCCUGAAAAUACAUUUUGGUGUGGUGUAUGUGUGUGUGUGUGUGUGUGUGGUUGGGGGGGGGGGGUGGUGAACAAAUAGGUUUUAAGAUUUCUUUAAAUAUAAGGAAAUGUUUGUUUUUUAAAUUUUUAUGAGAUUCAGAAUAGUUCUCAACAUAUACAAGACUAUUUCAGAGGUUAAAAUUGGUUAAGAGAUUCCUCUUUAAAUAUAAGAAUUCCAUUUUCUUAUUAUUUUAAGAUAAUAUGGUUCAGGUUAGUAUAAGUAAUUUAAAAUGGUUAAUAGAUAUUUAUAAAAGUUAAGGACAUGUUUUUACAAUUUUGAAAUCAAAUGUUUUCUUUGUAGUGGUGUGGAAAAGGGGUUGGGUGGGGCCUAUAUUGUAUAAUAGAAUAUGAAUUCUCAAAACCAAAUAUUAGAAAACUGAACAUCUAUACAUAGAUUUGUCUUUAAAAAUAACUAAAGUCUGAUUUACUAUUUCUUAAACUACAUUUCAAAGGCAUUGAAGUUUCACAAUUCAUCAAAACCCCAACUAAUGAUAUACAUAAAAAUUGGAUUUUUAGAUUUUGAGACUUAGAAACUGUACAGUAGCGCAGUAAAUCUUUCAUCAUAUCCCAGUAAAAUCGGGUCAUAUAUUAUAACAUUUAAAUAAUGUCCUGAAAACUAUUGCAAUUUCUGAUGAAAACUAUUCCAAGCCUCAUUGCACAUAUAUAUGUUGAAUUGUAUAAAAGCCAUGUAUUAUUGCUUGUAUGUUUCAAUCCUGUAUUCCAACAGGCAUUGUCUGAGAAUGCCAACCUUGUUUUUGUCAAGCCCAAAUGGAUCUACCUUUGUCAUGAGAAAAAAGCUCUUCUUCCUUAUCAGCCUUAUGUCAUUGUUCCAUAAAAAUGUCAAUACUAUGCUUUCUAUGUCAUUGUUUCAAGAACCUGUCAAUAAAAUGCUAUUGUUUUGUUUU